UGCGGCUCUCUCGGUUUGGCUUCAGCAUACUGCUGUCCAAUGAGAAGGUCAACUCAGUCACGAGUUUCGAGACUCCCUUGAAGGGCAUCGGACUCGCCCGCCUCUAUCGCUCCACACUUCCAUGAGGAUACCUCUGAAGACCCGGACCCCUUGGAUGUCCGCGAAGAUGAGCUUGACUGAUUUGACAUCAAGCGAAGCCACGGUCGAACCCGGCUUCUCGAUGGUGGUAUAUCAGGACAAAGGACUCGAAUUUCCCUUGUUCGCAUCCCCACAAGAUCUCCCCCAAUCCUCCAGAUUCCUAUCUCGCCCGUCGUUGAUAUUGCUUAUCAGCUAUAGAUAAGGCACCAUUGACUUGCUCUUCACAUGUUCUGAACCUCUAUCCUUCUCUUUGUCCCUAUUAAGCCUCUGUCUCUACCCCAGGCCCUAAGCGGCAAGCCUGUAUCGCCUUUAUCAUGUCUAGAUCAGCUUCGGACACAUUCCAUCCUUAUCCGACGCCUCCGCGCUCUCCUCCGAACGCCUAUUUCGAUACCUUCGACGGCUCACCUAUCAGUGUGGUCGCUUCGUCUCGCGCCAUACGCUCGGGACAGCUCUCCGCAGCCACGAUUGUUAUAUCUAAUGCUACAGGAAAGAUAACAGCGACAUUUGACUCGGUGGUACCUCCCUCCGACUUCCCUCCCAACACACCCUACACAGACUACUCCCCACAUAUUCUAUUACCAGGCCUGGUAGAUGCGCAUGUGCAUCUCAACGAGCCCGGCAGGACGGAAUGGGAGGGCUUCUACACCGGCACACAGGCUGCGGCCUUCGGCGGCGUGACUACAGUAGUGGACAUGCCGCUGAACGCCAUCCCCCCAACAACGACGGUCGCUGGACUGCAGGAGAAGAUCAAAGCCGCCCAGGGCCAAUGCUGGGUCGACGUCGGGUUCUACGGGGGCAUCAUCCCGGGGAACGAAAGCGAACUGAAGGCUCUUGUGCGCGAAGGCGUGCGCGGAUUUAAAGGAUUUCUGAUCGAUAGCGGCGUCGAAGAAUUCCCCGCCGUGUCCUCAAGCGAUAUCCAGAAAGUCUUCGCCGAACUAGCCGACGAGCCUACCACAGUCAUGUUCCACGCUGAAAUGAUCCCACCGAUCGCAGACAGCGUGGGUGACGACGUGCAAACGUCCUUGCCUCCGCUCGCGCCCCAUGGACCUCUGAACGCGUACAGCACGUUCCUCGAGUCGCGGCCGCCGAGUUUCGAGACUUAUGCGAUCGAGGAGAUUUUGUCCCUGGCGCACCUCGCGCCGAAUCUGCCCCUGCACAUCGUGCAUUUGAGUGCGAUGGAGGCCAUUCCUUUACUUCGCAAGGCGCGGAGUCAGGGGAUAAAUAUCACUGCCGAGACGUGUCCGCACUAUUUGUCACUGGCGGCGGAGCAAGUGGCAUUGGGAGAUACGCGGCAUAAAUGCUGUCCCCCCAUCCGAUCGCAGAGCAAUCAGGAUCAAUUGUGGGACGAGCUACGGCAGCAUAUGGACGAAGGCGUGAUUAAGACCGUCGUGAGCGACCAUUCACCGUGCACGCCGGACUUGAAGUUGCUCCCGACUCAUGUGCCUGGGCACAUUGUACCGAAGAAGGGGGCGGCGAGUACGUUGCCUUUGGAUGAGGCGACGGGGGACUUUUUCAGCGCGUGGGGCGGGAUUAGCAGUGUCGGGUUGGGCCUGCCGAUCUUGUGGACGGAGAUGAGUCGUCGGGGGUUGACAGAGAGUGAGAGUGCAAUCACGGAUGUAGUGAGGUGGUGCUGUGUCAAUACCGCUAUGCAAGUUGGGCUGGAAAAGGUCAAGGGUGAGCUGGCGGUUGGGUUUGAUGCGGAUAUUUGCGUGUUUGAUGACAAGGCCGAGUGGGUUGUCGAGCCGAGUACGAUGUUGUUCAGGAAUAAGUGCUCGCCGUACCAGGGACGUACAAUGAAGGGAAUGGUUAAGGAGACGUUGCUGAGAGGCCAGACGGUUUUUGUAAGGGAUGGGAAGAACGGCGGAUUCGUCGGAAAGGGAUGUACGGGUCAGUUGUUGCUGGAGCCUAGGAUGAAGGAGUUGAAAAAAGUUAAGAGUUGGUUUAAGAGGUGGAUUUAUGACUUUGAUGGGUGAUCCGGAUACGCCUGGGAUAUUAUGGUCUGAUUUUGGUUGCAUAGAGCGGGCAUAGAUUGGGAGCGUGGGAUUUUCGGAUCUGAUGAGACAGUAGUUCAACAAGCACAGUUGAUCUGGGUAUUGAAAUCGGCAGUUUACUACCACUUUUCAUGAUGGAGACUGUUGUUCUUUCUCCCAUUUCUCUCGAACUCGUCUUCUCAUCCCACCGUUCACGCCUCGACCCCAGAUCUCCUCCUUCUCUACCGAAGCCAUAUGGUCAAUCGGCCGAACAGGUUCACCAGUGUAC